AUGAGAUUCACCACCCUCGCCGCCUCGGCCCUCACGGCCGCCCCCUCGCCACCGCAGACCGCACACCUCACUUUUCUCGACCGCUCCGCCGCCGCGCUGUACCAGCUCGCCGUCGUGGCCGACAACCGCACGUACGCCACGCCGCCCAACCUCCCCGUCGCGCGCAUCGCCGCGCCCGACUACAACGCCGCCGCGCUCUGCGACCUCGUCUUUGCGCAGCCCGCGGCGGCGCCGGAGCACGUCUUCGUCAUUGGCGAGGACGGACGUACGGGGCAGGUGCGCAUCGAGCCGCCAACGCCGGUGGCAGGCAUCCGGUGCGCGGGAGUGUGCGUGGCCAACUACGGCACGUGUAAUGGCGCGGAUGGCCGCGGGCCGCGGCUGUGCUGCAAUGGGUACUGCGCGGCGAAUCUGUGCAGGCCGUGGAAUGGCGUCUGA